UAUAAAUUAAGGGACUUCCCUGGUGGUCCAGUGGCUAAGACUCCACGCUCCCAAUGCAGGGGACCCCGGUUCAAUCCCUGGUCAGGGAACUAGAUCCCACAGGCCACAACUAAGUGUUCACACACCGCAACUAAAGAUCCCGUGUGCCACAAUUAAAGAUCCCGCAUGCCACAACUAAAAGAUCCCCCAUGCUGCAGCUAAGACCUGGCACAGCCAAAUAAAUAAAUAAAUAUUUUUUUAAAAAAGAAUUUAAAUUAAGAUACAAAGGCAUUAAGGGAAUCAAGUAAAAGGAGGAGCUCUAGGGUGAAAGUCCUCCAGCUCUAACUGAUGUGGUCCCUGGAAUCACCCUGAUUCUUGCCCUUCCUAAGGCUAUAGAUUUUGUAGGAGAUUCCAUGAGAACUAUGUCUUUAAUAUGAAAAUCAUUUUCUGGAGCUAAUUUGAAUAGGUGGUUCUGAGCAUAUAUCACAACUCUGCCACUUCUAUGUGAUCUGAAGAAAGUUAUUUAACCUCCCUGAGCCUCAUUUUCCCCAUCUGUAAAAGGGGAUGGUAAUAUCUACCUUAUGGUGUCCUGGUGAUUAAAUGAGGUAGUGCACUCUCAUACUAGCAUUUAUCAAGGAUGUACAUCCUUAUUUUUUCCCCUUCUCUGCCCAAAGGUCAUUGGAAAUGUCCAGAUACAGGCACUAUAUCAGUUAGGAUACAGAGCUCAACUGCAUGCAAUAGAGACCCCAAAUAACAGUAGCCUAAAUAAGGUAGAAAUUGAUUUCUUUCUCACAUGCAGUCUGGAUGAAAAUGGUCCAGGGCUGGUAUGGCGGUUCUGAGCAAUGAAUUCAUCAGGGACCCAUCGCUAGGGUGUUGCCCUCAUCAGCAUGGUCAAAAAUGGCUCCGCAUCAGGAUCAAAUUCCAAAUAGAAGGAUGGAAGAAGGAGGAAAGGAGAAAGAAAGGGCAUGUUCCUCCCUUCAAGGGCGUGGCCUGUCACUGCCACUUGCAGCUCAUUGGUCAGAACUUAGUCACGUGACCACACCUACCUGCAACAAGAGGUGGGAAAUGUAGUCCUUAUUCUGUUUGACCAUGUUGCUUGCUUAAAAUUGGAUCAGGAGUUUUCUUACUUUUCUUGAGAAAGGAGAAUGGAUAUUGAAAGACAAGCAAGAGUUCCUGCCACUGGUACCAAUGGAAUGGUCCUUUGACCUGGAGCUGAAUGAGUAGCCUCUCCCACAUGCGGAAGGAAAUCUUUGUGUUCAUAGGGGACCUGGACAGCUAUAAGGCAUGUAAUAUGGCCCAGCCUGGGAAGAGCUCUAUAGAGAAUUUAUUUGCCCAGGUAAAUAAUGACCUAUUUGUGUUUUUCCCAAGGGAAUGGGCCCUAUCUUGGCACUGACGGGGGUGUCUGAAAGUCAAAGUCUUGGGUGUGGAGUAUUGGAGUCUCCAAUCAGUUCCUAGGCUGUGUCCUGUUCUGGGUUCCUUAGGUAAUAUCAAAGCUCACAGACUCCACAAGAUCCAAAAAGUCUUCCCUGAUCUGCCAGCUAAAAGAGGCUGCUCUCUCCUUUGAACCCCCAUCAUACCUGGAGUAGACAUCUGUUGGUUUUGUUGUCUGGCCUUAUUUUCUCUUCUGGUUUUCCUUUGACAGAACCGUGCCUUCUACAUUCUCAGUUGAUUUUGUCCCCACCCACAGGCCCCAGGAGUGGAUCCAGGACCAGUCUGAGACACUUCGUCAUUGCUACUGUGCUCUGUUCAAGACUGGACAUGUGAGCCAGCUGACAUCACGGAGUACAGUGGUUUCCACCCUAAUAGGGGCAGUUCAAAAUACCAUUCAUCAAUUAAACUCUCCCCUGAAGCCAGUUAGUGCAGUCCCGGGAUUCUCUCGGCUCCAGUCUUCCUGGCCUCCUCUGUGAUCUAGACAUGAAGAUCUCCGCCCCCCACGCCUACCUCGUAGAACGUGAACCGCAUGAAAAUUAUAAAUUAUAAGACCUAAUUAUGAGUGAUCAAAUCAAAUUCAUCGUGGACAAUCUCAAUAAGGAGCCUUUUAGGAAGAACUAUAACUUAAUCACAUUUGAUUCCCUGGAGCCAAUGCAACUAUUACAAGUUCUCAGUGAUGUUCUGGCUGAGAUUGACCCAAAGCAAGUUGUUGAUAUCAGAGAGGAGAUGCCAGAGCAGACAGCCAAAAGGAUGUUGAGCCUUCUUGGUAUCCUUAAAUACAAACCUCCAGGAAAUGCCACGGACAUGAGUAACUUUCGUCAGGGUCUGGUGAUUGGAAGUAAACCUGUGAUUUACCCAGUGCUCCACUGGCUUCUUCAGAGGACUAAUGAACUGAAGAAAAGAGCAUAUUUAGCUCGUUUUUUAAUAAAACUUGAAGUACCAAGUGAGUUUCUUCAGGAUGAAACCGUGGCUGAUACCAAUAAACAGUAUGAAGAUUUGAUGGAAGCCUUUAAAACUUUGCAUAAAGAAUGUGAGCAGCUCAAGACAUCUGGAUUUUCUACAGCAGAAAUAAGAAGGGAUAUCAGUGCAAUGGAGGAAGAAAAGGAUCAGCUCAUUAAGAGAGUUGAACGUUUGAAGAAAAGGGUGGAGACAGUUCAGAAUCAUCAACGGAUGCUUAAAAUAGCAAGGCAACUUCGAGUUGAGAAAGAGAGAGAAGAAUUUCUUGCACAACAGAAACAGGAACAAAAGAAUCAGCUAUUUCAUGCAGUGCAGAGACUGCAAAGAAUACAAAACCAGUUGAAAAGUAUGCGCCAUGCAGCAGCAGAUGCGAAGCCUGAAAGUUUAAUGAAGAGGCUAGAAGAGGAGAUAAAGUUUAAUUCAUAUAUGGUAACUGAAAAAUUUCCUAAAGAAUUAGAGAACAAGAAAAAAGAAUUGCAUUUUUUACAGAAAGUGGUUUCAGAGCCUGCUAUGGGUCAUUCUGAUCUUCUUGAACUUGAAUCUAAAAUAAAUGAAAUAAACACACAGAUCAGUCAGCUGAUUGAAAAGAAAAUGAUGAGAAAUGAGCCAAUUGAAGGCAAACUGUCACUAUAUAGGCAACAGGCAUCCAUCAUUUCUCGUAAAAAAGAAGCCAAAGCUGAGGAACUUCAGGAGGCAAAGGAGAAGUUAGCCAACCUAGAGAGAGAAGUGUCAGCGAAGACAAAUCAGACCCGUGAAUUUGAUGGCACCGAAGUUUUGAAGGGAGAUGAAUUCAAACGAUAUGUCAGUAAACUUCGAAGCAAGAGUACAGUUUUCAAAAAGAAGCAUCAGAUAAUAGCUGAAUUUAAAGCUGAAUUUGGUCUCUUGCAGAGGACAGAAGAACUUCUUAAGCAACGUCAUGAAAAUAUUCAACAUCAACUGCAAACUAUUGAGGAGAAAAAGGGUAUAUCUGGAUAUAGUUACACCCAAGAAGAGCUAGAAAGAGUAUCCGCCCUGAAGAGUGAAGUUGAUGAAGUGAAAGGACGAACACUGGAUGACAUGUCUGAAAUGGUGAAAAGACUAAAUUCUCUGGUAUCUGAAAAGAAAUCAGCUCUAGCUCCAGUUAUAAAAGAACUACGACAAUUGCGUCAGAAAUGUCAAGAAUUAACCCAGGAGUGUGAUGAAAAGAAAUCCCAGUAUGAUAGCUGUGCAGCAGGCCUUGAAAGUAAUCGGUCCAAAUUAGAACAGGAAGUCAGAGGACUCCGUGAAGAAUGUCUUCAAGACGAAAGUAGAUACCAUUAUACAAAUUGUAUGAUUAAGAACCUAGAAGUACAACUUUGUCGUGCUACUGAUGAAAUGAAGGCAUAUGUCUCUUCUGAUCAACAAGAAAAAAGAAAGGCAAUUAGGGAACAGUAUACCAAAAAUAUUGCUGAACAGGAAAAUCUUGGAAAGAAACUCCGGGAAAAACAAAAAGCUGUACGAGAAAGUCAUGGUCCCAAUAUGAAACAAGUGAAAAUGUGGCGUGAUUUUGAACAAUUGAUGGAAUGUAAGAAACAGUGCUUUCUGAAACAACAAAGCCAAAAUUCCAUUGGUCAGGUAAUUCAGGAGGGAGGAGAGGACCGGCUGAUACUCUGAGUUCAUGUGUCAUUGUUUGGGGUUUUAGCUGAUACUGCUAGCUAUAAGCAUAAUCCCAUGGUGUAUUCCCUUUCUUGAAAGUGAUUUGUACAACAUUUUGCUUUCAGAUUAGCCAUUCCCUAUUAAGUUUUCUUGGAAAAUAAUGUUAAGGUAGAUUUAGGUUUUAAAAGUUUUUUAAUAUGGAAAAGAGUCCUUUAUUUUUUUGCUUAGUUUAGACAUAGUGAUGUCUUCUGUGUUUUAUGAGACAGGAGACUGAGUUUACUAUCUGUAAAUGUAAACAUAUGUCCAUUAAGAAACAUGUAGGUUUUUUUAAACAUACUAACCCAGUGGCUUAAUGUUUUUCUUAAUCUUUUUUUAACUUUAGAGGAAUCUUUUAGGAAUUAAUCUCUCUUGUUUUGAAGAAACAUUUAUCUGAAGUUCAGCAAUUCCUACAGUUUCACUUCAGUUUCUUUUUCUUAUGUAAAAUUCAAGAAGAUUUAUUAUUUUGAAUAACAUAUUUGUUCUAUUUGUAUCGUUUAAACACAAAUAAAACUUGGUGCACAUAUCAUGGCUAUUUAUUUAAAAUUUA